CGCCGCGUGGUACCGGUCUCGCAGUUUCCUGUCGUUCGUUGUCGUGACUUCGUCGCUCCUGGUCUCUGGAUCGUGCGUCCACCUGUACAAUUCACCUGUAUCCGCAGACAGCGAAAUUAAGCGACGACGAAACUACCAGCAGAAAGAAUAAUCAUUGCACGUUGGCGGGAAAGAAUCACGUUUUGCUCAGCGUGUCGUCCCAGCGAAAGAAAUAAUUCGUUACUGCCUCCAGCAUCCAAAGCUAGCUGUGAAAGUUUAUAAGAAGAGAGGUCUUUUGAAGUAAGCAUGGCGCCGAAUAUAACCAGCACACCGACAGGAGUACUCUUUGAGAAUGAAACUUUGACCGAGUCACAACUGAUGGAGGAAGUUAAAGAAAAACCAAAAUAUGUUAGACGCAUUGUGUGGAGAAAUGUGGCGAUUUUUAUGUACUUACAUCUUGGAGCUCUUUACGGAAUUUAUCUAUCUUUCACGUCCGCCAAAUUAGCGUCUGUCAUUUUCGCAAUUGUAUUAUAUCAACUAUCAGGCAUUGGAAUCACGGCCGGAGCUCACAGAUUAUGGGCACAUAGAUCCUACAAAGCCAAGUGGCCUCUUCAAUUGUUGCUCGUGGUUUUUAACACUAUAGCAUUCCAGGAUGCUGCGAUCGACUGGGCCAGAGACCACAGAGUUCACCACAAGUAUAGCGAAACUGAUGCCGAUCCACAUAACGCUAAGAGAGGUUUCUUCUUCUCGCAUAUAGGCUGGUUACUUUGUAAGAAGCAUCCGGAAGUUAAGAAAAAGGGCAAGGGAAUUGACUUGAGUGAUCUUGAAAGCGAUCCUAUAUUAGCAUUUCAAAAAAGAUAUUAUGUUGUGUUGAUGCCAUUGUUAUGCUUUAUUUUACCCACUGUCAUUCCGGUUAUGUGUUGGAACGAGACAUGGACGAACGCUUACUUCAUUCCCACUGUUCUUCGUUAUGUCUUUACGUUGAACAUGACGUGGCUAGUAAACUCCGCGGCACAUAUGUUCGGCAACAAACCUUACGAUAAAUAUAUCAAUCCGUCGGAAAAUAAAAGUGUCGCUUUACUUGCUCUUGGAGAGGGUUGGCAUAAUUACCAUCAUGUGUUCCCCUGGGAUUACAAGACAGCCGAAUUCGGGAACUAUAAGCUGAACUUUACAACGGCUUUCAUCGACUUUUUUGCGAAGAUCGGUUGGGCUUACGAUUUGAAAAGCGUGUCUGAAGAUAUGGUGAAGAAACGAGUAGAGAGAACGGGCGAUGGCAGUCACGAAUUAUGGGGUUGGGGUGACGAGGAUCAGACGCAAGAAGAGAGGGACGAGGCGAUAGUUACGUAUUAUCACACGAAGGAACAGUAAAAUCAUGC